UUCUAACUUAUUGUCACAACCAGAACUAACACUAACACGUAGUCAAAACCCCAAAACGCCAAACAAUGCUCCUUUUCUUACUUGACCGAUUCAUAGUUUGAGUAUGAAAACAAAUGUAAAAAUACUAUAAUAAAUCACAAUUAUGCAUAAACACCCCAUCUUUAGUUGUCAACAUGUCAUGUUUCUGCCGCGUGGGACCCACAUCGCUCGAGUGCCCCACGAGAUUUCAUGGACUCGCUGGCAUCGCUGAUCAUGAAGUAAACGACACCCAAACACUGCCUUUCCUUUUUAUUAUUAUAACGCUAACACAACCCCUAAACGACACCGUUCAUACCCAACGCAACACAGGCACAUGUAAAACUUUCCCCUCAAUCUUCAUCUUCUUCUUCUUCUCCAUCAUCACAAAAACACAAAACCACUGUGUGGAUCUAUAAUUUCAUCGUCCGAUUAACGUUAAUCUUUCAAACUUUCGGAUUUUAAUUACUUUAGAUGCGAUGUCAUCCACGUCUUCGUCGGCGCCACAUUACAGUUCUUUCCCCUCGCCCUCAUCAUCCGCCACCACUGGUCCUUACUUUAUCACACGCGCCCUCACAUCCACACGCGCCGCUUUCGCCACGCGCAGACCAUGGGAAGAGGUAUUCGCGCUCUACUCUUUCACGCCUCCCCACUCCAUCACCGAAGCCACCAUGCGCGUGAAACGCAACGUCAACCACUUCCGCGUGAACUACUUCAUGAUGGUGCUGUUUGUUCUCUUUCUCAGCCUCCUCUGGCACCCGCUCUCGAUAAUCGUGUUUUUGGUGGCGCUCGUCGCUUGGUUCUUUCUCUACUUCUUCCGGGACGAGCCGGUGGUGGUGUUCGGCUCCGCGGUGGACGAUAGGACGGUGGCGGCUGUCCUUGCGACGGCGACCGUCGUGGCCUUGGUGUUCACCGGCGUGUGGGUGAACGUGGUGGCUUCGAUUGUCGUCGGGAUUGCGCUGGUGGUAUUGCACGCUGCUUUUAGGAGCAGUGAAGAUUUAUACAUGGAUGAACACGAGGGUUACGAUGGUGGGUUACUUUCGGUGGUUGCGGGUACCCCUACAAAACGAACGGGAGGGUACACUUAGUAUCUAGGUCACUCUUACGUACAUUUAUUUUAUGGAAACAUCAUUACCUUAAACACUAUACCAUGUUUUUUGUUUUGACUUUUGAGCAUUUGGGUACAGUGAAGUGAAAAUGUUCACGCAUUUUUUAACCGAGCCAGUAACAGGGAAAGUUUAUGUUAUGGAUUCUUUCUGGCUCUUCGUGCAUACAACUUUUCUCUUCUUUUGCUUAAUUUGUUUAAUUUGUUUUACUUGGACGGGUUUGUAAAGUUUAGUCAAGGUUAUUUUGAGUUCUAAUUUCGCUGUAUACUUUGUUUGAUUUUGAUAUGCUCUUGCAUUGUAAUAGGGUCAUUCAUCUUGUUGUUGUGUAAAAAAAAA